UUAGCCGAUGAAAGAUUCGCUCCGGUAUAUCUUUACCCAAAAAAGUGAAACACUAGACUAACCAAUGGGAUUACAAACCAGAUUCCAAUUUCCACAUAAUUUCAACCAACCACUUGACAGGCUAAGCAUCAAGAAUCAAUAUAAAUACAAGACUUCACCUAAAUGAAAAACCAAUAACCAUCAUAGCCAUGAUUAUGUUCUUACUUUCCAACAAUACCUCUUACAUUAUCAAAACAACAAAGAAUCUAUCUCAUUUCUUCAUAGCUUCUUCUUCCAUUCCUCUAUAAUUUUUCAUCUUUCACCUUCUUACAAUCCUUUUCUUCUCUUACCAUAAACAAUGUCUGCAAACUCUAAGAAUCUGUCACUUUUCCUUCUCUUAAUAAACUUUCUUUUCUUUUCAUGUUGUAACUCUCUUCUUGAUGAACAAGGUCAAGCUCUUCUAGCAUGGAAGAAGAGUUUAAACACGAAUUCAGACGCAUUACCGUCUUGGAAUGUUUCGAACAAAACUCCGUGCAACUGGUUCGGUGUGAAGUGCAAUUUACAAGGAGAGGUAGAGGAGAUAAGCCUGAAGUCAUUGAACUUGCAAGGCUCGUCAUUGCCUUCGAAUUUUCAGCCUCUCAAGUCCUUGAAGGUUCUUGUCCUCUCGUCGAUGAACAUCACGGGAAGGAUUCCGAAGGAAUUUGGAGACUAUCAAGAGCUUGUUUUCAUUGAUCUUAGUGAAAAUUCUCUCUUUGGUGAAAUCCCAGAAGAAAUUUGCAGGCUAAGCAAGCUUCAAAGCUUAGCUCUUCAUGCAAACUCUCUGGAAGAAAAUAUUCCUUUCGAUAUAGGAAAUUUAUCGAGUCUCGUGAACUUGACACUCUUUGAUAAUAAACUCAGUGGCGAAAUUCCAAAGAGUAUUGGCUUGUUAACUAAGCUUCAAGUAUUCAGAGCAGGAGGGAAUAAAAACCUCAACGGUGAGCUUCCAUCGGAGAUCGGAAACUGCACUGACUUGGUCGUAUUAGGCCUUGCGGAAACCAGCAUUUCCGGUAGUAUUCCUUCCUCAAUAGGAAUGCUGAAAAAAUUACAGACCAUAGCCAUUUACACAACUAAGCUAUCAGGCUCUAUACCAGAAGAGAUAGGAAAUUGCAGUGAGUUGCAGAAUCUCUAUUUGUACGAAAACUCAAUUUCCGGUUCAAUUCCACGUCAAAUCGGAGAGCUAGGAAAGCUUCAGAGUCUACUUUUAUGGCAAAACAAGAUAGUAGGGACGAUUCCCGAAGAGCUUGGAAGAUGCAAAGAUCUCAGUGUCAUAGAUUUGUCAGAAAAUCUUCUCACAGGUAGCAUUCCAAUCAGUUUUGGAAAGCUAUCGAAUCUUCAAGCACUUCAGCUGAGUGUUAAUCGGUUGUCCGGUAUUAUACCACCCGAGAUUUCAAACUGCGCGUCUCUGUCGCAGCUUGAAGUUGACAACAAUGCUAUUUCUGGUGAGAUUCCUUCUGUUAUUGGAAAAUUGAGAAGCUUGACACUUUUCUUUGCAUGGAAGAAUAAGCUAACAGGAAAAAUUCCGAAUAGUCUUUCCGAGUGCGAAAAUCUUCAAGCACUUGAUCUAUCAUACAACCGCUUAACCGGUACAAUACCGAAAGAACUAUUUGUGUUGAAAAAUCUAACUCAACUUAUGCUUCUUUCCAAUGAUUUGGAAGGAUUCAUACCACCUGAUAUCGGUAACUGCACGAGUCUUCGCAGGUUGAGGCUAAAUCGGAAUAGACUUGUUGGUAUUAUUCCAUCUGAGAUUGCGAAUUUGAAGAGUUUGAAUUUUUUGGACUUGAACAACAAUCAUCUUGUAGGGGAGAUUCCUUCAACAAUAUCAAGAUGUCGGAAUCUUGAGUUUAUUGAUCUCUCACACAACAAGCUCUCGGGGAAUUUAGAUGCUGUAUCUAAUCUUCAGAGUCUUGUUUCUUUGAAUGUUUCCUUCAACAAAUUCUCGGGUGAAUUGCCUAACACGCCAUUCUUCAGAAAACUCCCUCUCAGUGAUCUCACUGGAAAUAGCAUAUCAAAAGCCAAAGAUGAUACCAAAUUAGCUAUGAUGAUUAUAUUGUUCAUUUUGUUAAGCACAAGUGCAGUACUUGCACUUUUCCUAAUCCACGUCGCGAUUCGUGCUUAUAUUGCUAACAAUAUAAAUAACAGUUGGGUGAUGACUUUGUACAACGACCAUUUUUUCUCUGCCGACGACGACGUUGUCAAGAAUUUAAAACCAUCCAACGUGAUUGACACCGGAAGCUCUGGAGUUUCGUACAAGGUGAAAACUCCAAAAGGCCAAAUUAUAGCAGUUAAAAAGACGUUGCCAUCAACAGAUUCUGAAGCACUUAUGUCGGAAAUUGAUAUGCUAUGUUCAAUCAAACACAAGAAUAUCACCAGGCUUCUUGGUUGGGGAUUGAAUCUUCUGAAUAAUAAGGAUAUGAUGCUGCAGUUUUAUGAAUACCUCCCUAGUUUGAGCUCAGUGCUUCAUGGUUCAGAAAAGGGAAAGUUAGAAUGGGAUACCAGAUAUGAAAUCAUCUUAGGUGUGGCUCAAGCACUUACCUAUUUGCACCAUGAUUGUGUGCCUUCUAUGCUGCAUGCAGAUGUCAAAGCAACAAAUGUGCUAUUAGGCCCUGGAUAUCAUCCUUACCUUACUUGCUUUGGCCUUGUAAAAAUCGCAAGUGAGAAAGUCGAUGAUGCUAAAUCCAAUCCAGUUCAAAGACCUACCUACACAAGCAGCUCCUAUGGAUACAUAGAUCCUGAGCUCGACUCAAUGCAGAAGAUCAAUGAGAAAACCGACGUGUACAGUUUCGGCGUGGUGAUACUCGAGGUACUGACAGGAAAGCAUCCAUUAGAUCCAAGUCUGCCAGAAGGAGUACACUUGGUUCAAUGGGUUAAGAGUCACUUGGCUAGCAAAAGAGAUCCAUUUGAAAUUCUCGACUCAAAUCUGAGAGGAAGUACUAAACCUACUACUAUGCAUGAAAUACUACAAACUCUAGCUGUGUCGAUUUUGUGUGUCAAUACGAAAGCUCAUGAACGUCCAACAAUGAAGGAUACUCUCGCAAUGCUAAACCAAUUUCGAUAUUUUGUUUAGAAUGUAUUGAAAAGAGUUUCAGUAGUGCCUGUUAAGAGUAUAGUUUCUAGGCCAGUUAGAGCAGGCCAGAUUUAUUCAAAUAUAAUCUUAGAUGUAAAAUGCAAAUUCCAAAUAUCCAUAAUAAAAUGUAUUGUAGAGCCUUUCAGAAUAAGAUUCCUGAAUUGCAUAUCUUUCUCUUUCUCUCUCACACAGCCUAUGAAUUCAAACUAUGACUAUUCAAACAAUGACCAAUUGGUCCCAUCCCACGUUUGAUACCUCACUUUCACAUACCACAUCUGAAAUAGACUUGUCAGUGAUUGGAAAAUCCUUCAGAAGCACAAAUGCUAAGUUGGGAUUGAAAGUUAGUAUAGCAAUAAUCAUAUCCACAUGCAGGACCACUAAUAUAGUGGGUGGAAUGAAGAUAAACAUGUAUGAGGAAUACAUGGCCAUGCAGCAGAUGAUGAUCCAAAAAUAACAAAAGCUUGAUGUAUUGCAUUUGUUAGAAAUACCAAGAAUUAUUUGAAUACCGUCGUAUCUUGUAGUUGAACCCAAUUAUUAUCAUCAAAAUACUCUAUUUUACUUCCUUUUGGUUUAAUUUCAAACAAGGGGAUAAAAGUCCAUCUACUUUGUUUGAAUUGAUGAAACAUAAUAGAAUAAAGUGGUAUGACAUAGAAUACAAUAGAAUAAAAUGACAUUGUUUGGGUAAAUUUAAAUCAGAAGGAAAUAAUUAAAAUCAGGAACAGGAUGGAUUAGAUAAAUUCAGGGUAGUAUCUAUUCAAUUCAAUUUCAUCAUUUACCACCAUUUUUGCAAAUUUAUGCUAGUAAGACGUCAUCAUCACGGUUCGAACAAUGACUGCGACUUCUUGACAUAAAUUUGCUUAGAAGAUCACAAAUAUCCAUUCCCCUUCAUUAUAAAACAUAUCCUUACAAUCCUAACAACAAAUGGCCUUGACAUUAUAUCUUCCUAAAUCUCAAGUCUAAUCACUACUUAAAUGCCAAGAAAAUCUCAAAUCAAAACCCUUAUUUGGGUGCCUAAACCAAAUCAAGACAAGUCAAGACAUGGUUCAUGAUUUUGAAGCUCCAAAAUGUUACUUCUACCAAAAUCAUGUUUUCCAUUUGACUAGUAUUACUAAUGCAAUUCAUUACAGAAGCAUAAACUACUUACCCUAAUAUCCAAUCCUUUUUAUCACAACUCUCUUUUCACACCUAUCUACCAUCAUUGCCCACAUUCUAAGAUUACACAAGUUAAUUUCAACACUCAUUCUCGCAUCUCAACAAUGACUAUAGAAAUAGGAUAAACACCAUACAAUAACAUGAAAAUAGCCAAACAAACAAAACACUACCAAUGAUAAUGCAAAACACAUAAUUUCAUUCACUAAAUAAAAAACAAAACUUAACAGCCACAAAAUACUCAGUCGUUUCAUUCAUUCAGAUCCAAUAACAAAAACCAAAACUAGUUAUAACAAAACCAACAAAAAAAACCAAAACCCUAAUCAAUAGUCUGCAUGAUAUCUUCAGGAGCAAACUUAGUUCCCUUUUCCUUAUCAGCAGCAGCGCGCCCCUUCGCCUUCCUAUCAAUCAAACUCUUCCGAUCCUUAUCCAAACGGAGUUUCGUGAUAACCACCUUCGAAGGAUCCAACCCAACGUUAACAGUUGAACCGUUAACUUUCUCACGAGUUAUGCGCUCGAUGUGAAUCACCCACUUCUUGCGAUAAACCUGAACGAUCUUACCUUCACGGCCUUUGAAUGUUCCUCUAACCACCUGAACCUCGUCGUCCUUGCGAACAGGUAAGGAGCGGACGUUGUAUUUGGAUCGGAGGUCGCCGGAGAGAGGGGCGCUCAUUAGGACACGGCGGACGCUUGAUGGGGCGGUGAAGUGAGCUUUACGGCUCUUGCGGCGGCUGCUGGAAACCCUUGGAUUGAACUUCAUCUUCUCUUCUCUCUCUCACACACACACUCUCUCU